AUGGCCCUUCAGGCCUUAUCUACUGCCGUCUUGGCUUCCAUCCUCUCGACUAUCCUGUACUUGGUGCUUCAAAAAGCCUAUCCCAGACCUUUGCCAGGCAUACCUUACAAUCGCGAUGCUGCUAGGAAGCUGAUGGGUGACCUAGCCGAGCUGAGAGAGAGACAAAAGAAUGGUGGAAGCAUGAGACCGUGGUUCCUUGAGCAAGCCGGGCGACACAACUCUGCUAUAACGCAAAUCUUCUUAGGACCUUUUGCAAAACCUGCUGUUCUUAUUUCGGACUAUGUCGAGGUCAACGAUAUUUUAAGCCAUCGUGAUGCCGUCGACUUCAAGAGAGGAAAGAAGGUGGAUGUCUUCAGCGGUGUCCUUCCGCAUGCCCACCCUGCUAUGGAGACUUUUGAUCCGAGGUUCAAGAGCAGCAGGGACCUUGUCCGGGAUCUGAUGGUACCGUCUUUUUUAAACAAAGUUAAUGCACCCCAUACGUACAUAGUAGCACAGAGCCUUGUCGAGCUUUGGCGGCUCAAGGCACAUAUUGCUAAAGGUCGGCCAUUUGAGGCAUCGGAAGACAUAGUGGAGUUCUCUUUUGAUUCCAUACUCAGUGCCGCUACGGGUUUAGAAAAUGACCAUGGGGAUGUGCAACGCCAGUUGUCUUUUCUGAGCCGAAUAGAGUUUAACAAGCACCAUGAGUUGAUCAACACCCCUCUCAAUGAACCCAUUAUGAUUCCGAGUGCUAGAAGAUCUGAAAAGCUCGCGGCCCUCACUGUCGAUGAGGAGUCCCUUUGGAAGGGGUUUUACAUGCCUUGGCCACGGCUCUAUCACAGGCUCAAUAAACUGCGACCCUCUGUCAGAAAUGCAGGACGGACGCUCCGGGGAUACAUUGAGUCGCGAAUCGCCAAAGCCGCACCAAAUCUCGCGAAGGGAUGCCAGCCCGAGUCGGCUUUGGAUUACGUCAUUCAGCGCGAGAUAAAGGCAGCAGAAAAGGCAGGACGAGCCCCAAACCUCCAAGAUCCGCGCAUCCGUGACGAAAUCUACGGUUAUCUCAUCGCGGGCCAUGAUACCUCAACCGGCUCGCUCAUAUGGCUCAUGCGCAGGCUUUUGUCUCACCCGGGCGAGCAGGCAAAGAUCCGCCGCAACUUAUAUGAGACGUACAGCGCGGCACGGCGCGAGAAGCGACUACCUACCGCACAAGAACUUACAAGUGUGCACGCGCAUUACCUAGACGCCUUCAUCGAAGAGGUGCUACGGUUCAACAGUCCCGUGGUGACCAUCAUGGUAACGACGCGGAGGAACACGGUAGUGCUUGGUCAUCCUAUCCCUGGUGAUACCCAGGUUUUUCUGAAUCUCACUGGCCCAUCCUUGAAUAUGCCAUCAAUUGAUGUUCCUGAGCGAGACCGUAGCGAGACAGCUGGUGCAUAUAGUCAUCUGAGGCAGAACUGGGACGGCCAGGAUCCUGGUUCUUUUAAUCCCGAACGCUGGCUGAGCGAAGACAAGAAUGGCUGCCUGGUAUUCAAUUCUUCACGGGGUCCUAGUCUUGCCUUUAGUGCGGGAAAUAGAGGUUGCUGGGGCAAGAGGCUGGGUUAUCUGGAAUUACGCAUCAUACUUUCUUUACUGGUCUGGUCCUUUGACUUUGAUCUUCCCGAGGAGCUCGUUUCUUGGGAUAUGUAUGAUUCCCUUGUUACGGCACCGAAGCACUGUCUUGUUCGUGUAACUGAGGUCGAAUAA